GAACAGCAGGUACAACAUGACGAAAACCACACUGAUCCUGUUCGCCGCGUGCAUGCUGGGGGUCGCGAGCGCCUUCCCCCAGGGUGGCGGCGGAAGCUACAAGCAACCCGAGGGCUACUUCCAAUACGUUAAUGUCCCCGGCCACAAAGAGUACGAGUUCGGAUGGAACCGCGGGAACCCACACCAUUACAUUUCCCGGUUCGAGCAGGCUAAGGAUCACCGCUUCCGUACAAGGGUAAAGUGGUCCGACACCCACGAAGGAUACGGCGAGCACUACUGGGAGUACAACCACGCCCCAAAGUACCAAGAUGACCACAAGGACUCCUACAAAGCCCCAGAGCCCUCAUACCACGCCCCCGAGCCUGUGUACCAUGCCCCCGCACCCUCCUAUGGCCCUCCUAAGGGGUAUCCUUCUGAGAACAUCGAAGUGAUUGUUCCAGAUCCUCAGCAGUACCAAUAGAGCUUCGGAGAGGGAGUUCCUGAGUGCCUGAGGUUGUCUGAGGCACGAUCCCAUUCCUCUCCCUUUCCCCUCUAUCGCCCUAUCCGUCCAAGAGAUCACGUGACCAAUUUUCCUCAAUGUCGAAAUGAAAUCCCACUGUAAAGGUUCUCCUCCCCCCCCCCCCUCCCCCCUCCCCUGCCACUUCCAUUCCCCCUCCCCCCCUCCCCUGCCACUUCCCUUCCCCCUCCUUUUUUUUUUUUUUUUUUGCCUCUCCACGUACACCCAAACUUCAGUCAUUUUUCGUUCAAGGUUAAAACGAACCAAUCACUGCUCAAUUUCAUUUAUAAAAAAGGAAAAAACAAAGGUAGAUUAAAAUUACGAAGAUCUCACGUGUGGGCGGAUGAGGGUGUUUGUUAUACAUGAUCUAGUCCAGUGUGGGUGUUGUUAAGGUCGCUCUAGCCACCCACCCACAGCCCAUACUGCAUGCUGUGUCGUUUUCCUUGUUUGUUGAUGGCACUGUGACUUGCUCCGUUUGGAUCGAGUCGUGGGAGUUUUGUUGUAUUAAUUUUAGUAGUAGUAGAUUCUUUCUGUUUGUUAUAUACAUUUUUUUUUCUAGUAAAAGCAUUGUAAAA